UCCAUUCCUCGGAGCACCCAGUCCGGUGCAACGGGCAGCCCGUGCGGUGUGCCCCGAUGGAACUGGGUCGGCUGGAGUACCUGCAGGCGCUCGUCACCGAGUUCCAGGUGACGGACAGCACAGAGGCCAAGGAGCAGGUGCUGGCGAACCUGGCCAACUUCGCCUACGACCCCAGCAACUACGAGUAUCUCCGGCAGCUCCAGGUGCUGGACCUGUUCCUCGAUAUGCUUACGGAGGACAACGAGAGCCUCGUGGAGUUUGCCAUGGGUGGCCUUUGCAACCUGUGCUUGGAUAAAACAAACAAAGAGUACAUCCUGGAGGCCAACGGGGUGGAGCCCAUCAUCAACUGCCUGUCCAGCUCCAACGAGGAGACCGUGGUGUCAGCCGUGACCACGCUGAUGUUCCUGACGACGCCGCGGUCGCGCGCGCAGACCACGGCGCUGCCCGUGGUGGAAUGCAUGCUCCGCUUCUCGCUCUCGGCCAACACGCGCCUCAGUAACCUGGCAUCCAUCUUCCUGCAGGAUUACUGCAGCCCUCCACAGGUGGAGGAGGCCAGGAACCUCAGCAAGCACACGGCAGUGGGCAUUCCUCUGCCCAAGGACUGAGCAGGGCUGUGGAGAGGGGAACCUCCUGUUGUUCUCCCUUUCUGCUCAGCAGGUCAAGAGCAGCAUUAAAGAGAGGAGUUGGUGCCACCAGUGCUGGUGUUUAGUUAACAAACAGGAUGGAACAGCACUAACACAGCAGCUGGGCCAAGCGUUCAGCUAAGCCUGCAAAUAUUUAAAAUAAAGCAGGUCAUAGCUGCACAUUGGAAAGUGCUUUGCCAACUGCAGCUCAGCACACGGUUUGCACAAAUAACACUUCCCAGUAAAGAGGGGUGUUCUGCUCAGGUUAUUGAGCAGAAUUAUAUCCACUCCGGUUCCUGGCUGGUUGUGCUACACCUCUCCCCUUAAGUGUCUGUGACAAGUGACGCUAAGUGUCAAGUCACUGAAAUGUCACAGAAAGGUAUUCUUCCUUCAGAGAAAGGAGUUUCCCUGCCCCGUUCACAAUCUCUCCAUCCCUGUGGCACUAGUUAUGCCAUCCUCUAAUUGUGGCACAGGCAGCCAGCUAGGGAAUCAUUACAUAGGGUAGGCAGGCUGUAGCUGCCCUAUAAAUGAAGAAGUGCUAAGUUUGUCUUUAUUACCACUGAUGAGAAAGGUGAAGUAAAAAAAAAAGGGGCUCAUGACAGCCUGGCUCAUGAGAACAGCUCUCUUGUAAAAGCUUCUGUUAAUAAAACAUUAACUUAAAUGCUGUGUAAUCA